AUGGCCCAGAGGGUGGGACCUAAGGGCAGUGCAAGGAGGCCAGGUGGGACCUUAGGGCCGUGCAAGGAGAUAGGGUGGGAUCUUAAGGCAGUGCAAGGAGGCAGGGGCAGUGCAGGAGGCAGGGUUGGACCUAAGGGCGGUGCAAGGAGGCAGGGUGGCACCUUAGGACAGCGCAAAGAUGCAUGGUGGGACCUUAGGGCAGUGCAAGGAGGCAGGUGCAAGGAGGCAGUGUGGGACCUUAGGGCAGUGCAAGGAGGCGGGGGUGGGACUUUCGGGCAGUGCAAGGAGGCAGGGUGGGACCUAAGGGCAGUGCAAGGAGGCAGGGUGGGACCUAAGGGCAGUGCUAGGAGGCAGGGUGGGACCUUAGGGCAGUGCAAGGAGGCAGGGUGGGAUCUUAAGGCAGUGCAAGGAGGCAGGGUGGAACCUUAG